CGGUGCGUGCGACACACCAAAACGAUAUUGAUUUACUAAAAUUUUAACAACAUUUAUUAAAUAAUUUAUUGAUUAAAAAUAUACAUAAUUUACUGUCUUAGUCUAUUAUACAACUAUAUAAACCCAGUGGCUACCAUUUGAGCAUUUCCCUACCAUUUACACUCUUCUUCUCUGAUACGAUUUUUUGACUAUAUUUCUGCGUAAUAUAGGAUCUUACUAGAAUUUCGAUCUCUGAUCUUUGAUUUAUACUUAGGAAUUUGUGAUAAUGGAUAACGAGCUGUUUAUGAACACAGAGUUUCCGCCGCCGCCGGAGAUGGCGGUGCAUUUUGAACCACCGUCUUCUUCCUCGGCGAUGCUUAACUGGGCGUUAAUGGAUCCGAGUCUCUCUCGGAACUCGUCGCCGCAGGAUUGCUUUCCGUGGGAAAAGUCAACGGAACAACAACAACAACAACAGAGCAUCUUCGACUCUGCUCUGAGCUCUCUCGUCUCUUCUCCGACGCCGUCGAAUUCCAAUUUCUCCGGCGGUGGCGGUGACUGCUUCGUUAUUAGAGAACUCAUCGGGAAGCUUGGCAACAUCGGGAGCUCCGGUGAGAUAUACGGAGCUCCGAUGGGAAACAAUAAUGGGAAUAACUCUCGCUCCGCCUCGUGCUACGCAACUCCUAUGAGCUCGCCGCCGCCGAUGAUGAACAGAACGACGCCGUUGACGGAAUUCUCAGGGGAUCCGGGAUUCGCGGAGAGGGCAGCGAGAUUCUCUUGCUUUGGUAGCCGGAGCUUCAACGGAAGAACUAAUUCCGGUCUCUCUGUUAACAACAGCAACAUCAACAACUCCGGGAAGCUGUCACGUGUCUCCAGCACACCAGCUCUCAAGGCCCUUGUUUCACCGGAAUUCGCAUCUGCGUCGAGACCAAUGAUUCCCGCCGGCGAAUCAAUUCCGAAACUCACCGGCGAAUUUUCCCGGAAGAGAAAAUCUGUGACCAAAGGGAAAUCCAAGGAAAUUCCUCUCUCCACCGCUUCCCCAUCUCCCGGUCUAUCAAAGGUUCGGAGGGAGAAAAUAGGAGAAAGAAUGAAGCUGCUUCAAGAUCUUGUGCCUGGAUGCAACAAGGUUACUGGAAAGGCACUGAUGCUGGAUGAGAUUAUAAACUAUGUACAAUCAUUGCAAAGACAAGUUGAGUUCUUGUCAAUGAAGUUAUCAUCAGUGAACGACACCAGGCUGGAUUUUAACGUGGACGCUCUUGUGUCAAAGGAUGUUAUGAUUCCAUCAAGCAGCAACCGGUUGCAUGAAACAAGACUCCAAGCAGAGUCUUUAAGUCAUCAUAAUUACAAUAACAAUUCACAGUUACAUCCCAAUAUUUCUUCCAAUAACGUGAUGCUCCAAUCUCCUAUGAACUCACUGGAACCUUCGACCUUAGCCAGAAGCUUCACCCACUUACCAAGUCUUACUCAAUUCACUGACUCAAUUUCUCAGUAUCAAAUGUUUAGCGAAGAAGAUUUACAAAGCAUUGUAGGGAUGGGAGUGGCACAAAACUCCAACCAUGGAUCUCAAAACAUGAAAAUUGAGCUUUAAUUGAACCAAUUUUUUUUUCAAGGUCUCAAGAAAAAAAAAAAAAAAAAAAAAGGAUUGAUGGGUGUACAUAACCAUGAACAAUACCAAUAUAUGUGAUUAUUUACUCAUAACUCAUCUCCAUAUAUAUAUAUAUACACAUUUAUGAAAGUAACCUAUUUUUUUACUUUAUUCUUUAUAUUUUACCAUUCUGUUAAUUAGAUUGUGUCA